GUUUAUUAGUAACAACACACGAGACGAUUAGCUUUUCUUGCUGCUAAACAUCCGUCGACGUCACUUCCUCCAGCUGGGACUGUCCACAGCAUGGCAUAAUAUUGCCGGAAGCGAUUGCCGACACAUAGCCAGAUAGGACUGGACCAUUAUUUGCUGCCAUUAAAAUCAAGAAUGGAAGAAUACACUGCCAGCAUGGAACGUGAUGAUGACUUUGAAGGAAAUCCAUAUUUAUUUGAACCCGAAUAUACGGACGAGGAACUGGCUGAGAUGGAUAAACGUAGGGCAGCUGAAGAGGAGGAGGCGGCUGCGGCUGCGGCGCCGGCCAAUGCACCAAUAAGAUGCGAAGGGGACUGGUGGUGUGGCUGUGGGCGAUGCCAGCCCAUGGCCACGGAGGACGAGUGUCUGUGUUGUUGUGAAUCAGACGUGUUUCGCAAUGUCCUACACAACACCGAGGCACGUUGUGUGACAGCGACUGAGGAAUUUCCACCGCUCAUUACACCAGGUGUCGUGAGGACAUUUUUCCACGUUCCAAAGAUAAAUUGGAAAAAAAGACCCGUGCCUGAGGGCCCUAAUGGACAACUGUCUGCCAAACAGUGUAGAUUGGUGUCUUAUCGGAUUGUGUUGGAGUGGGGCCUAGAAGGCUUGCGUCUGGGGCGCAAGGAGAGGAGAGUUUUGCCUAGUUGUGUGGUGACCGCCAUUAGAGAGAAGUACCCCUCCCCUACCGGCGAGUAUAGAGGUUUUGAAGAGGCUGAGGAAAUGUCCAGAAUUUUCUGA